AUGUCGGGUGGUGUCUUCUAUUUUGAAGAUGAUGAGAAUCGUAAUAUAUCUCCUAAUCAUUCUCCUUCACCACGUAAUUCACCUACGUUAUCUGCAGAUUCUUCAGCUACGACGACGACGACCACCACCACCACCUCAAACAGUGUACCUCGCCCAGUCGGAUCUGGUUCAACGUCUUUAUUGUCAGCUUCAACGUCAAAUAACAAUGUCCCAUCCUCAUUGCAAAUACCACCUCCUUCCAUCAUAUCUCCAACACCAACACCUUUACCUCAACACAGGAAGCAUCCAGCAAAUUUCGCUGCGACACCUUCUUUCCCUUCACCUCUAGCUCAAGCUAUUACUGUCCCAUCCAAUUCAGAUACGUCCUCAAAUUCUUCACAGUCUUCAUUGGACAAUUCAGAUGAUGAUGAGAGAGAUAUCAUCAGACCACGUAGAGCAAGUCAACAAGGAUCAACAGGUAGCGGAACACCCAAAAGAUCAUUGGAACAAUUCCCUAGACCUAGAACAGCUAGUCCAGUACUUCUCACUACAAGUCAAACUGCUAGUCCUUCAACAGCUCAUAUCUCCUCUUUAUCUCGUCCUGCAAGUCCAACAACUUCAUCUCGUCAUCAAGCUGUGACACCGACUUCUUUACUUAUGAAGAACAAGCGGUCAGCGAGUGGCUCAGCUUUAACAGGUAAUUUACCUUCGCCUGUCCUCAAACAAUCUCCACCUUCAUCGUCAACCUCAACUUCGACGUCGAAAAGGGAGUCACCCACACAUCCAACAUCAAGGCGAUUUGAGAAUUCCGCUCGCCCACAAGCUGAGGAUUCAGUCUCAAUAUCAUCAAGAGAGAGAAGUGAAAGUAGUGGAAGUUCAGUAGGUUUAGGUGUCACAGUACCAAGUAGUUUGGCAGGUUCUAGUCCUGUCAAUUUUGGGAGCCCGGAUUUCGGUCCAGAUACCUCGCCUCGACGGCGAUCAAUAGCCAUACCUCCUACAUCCGUCGGCGCGGAAUCAUCGAAGGAAGGAAACAUAUUAGGACUUGGUUGGGGAAGUAAUUGGGAUACUACGUCGACGUCAGGAUCAUCGUUCGGCAGUGGGAGUGGAUCGCUUAAGGACAAAGGGAAAGGAAAAGAUGUCUUGAGCACGUCCAGUCCAAGGAGAGAAAGGGAACGAACGGCUCCUGUCGGUCUGUCUAGUCCUUCAAGACAACGAAGACCUUCCGAGUUCCUGAAUCCUUCUGCACUUGACAUUCGAAAAAUGCCUGUCGUUGGCAAUGGGAGAAGCUCGAAUGCGGUCACUAAUCUAUCCACAUCGGCCUCAAUGGUAUCACCCCUUAACCCACUUCCUUCCCCAUGGACUUCAUCAACCGACGCCUCGACCCGCUUCAGUCCGCCCAACAGCUUACCAAGUGAAGGCUCCACAGCUGCCACUUCAACUUCUUCCGCAGGUGGAGCCAUUCGUCUCAAUCGGGUACCGACUAGUGUGAGAUUGGCUGCGGAGCUAAUCAAGAAUACUGGAAAUAUGGCCACUCCUCCUCCCUCAAACUCCAGUCCACCUUCAGGUACCUCAACUGCAUCUGUGCCCACACCGAACCCAUCUCCUGUCGGAUCCUCACCUCUGCCGCCCACAAGAGAAUUGGCACAUUUCACUUCUAUGCCUCCACCUCCGAUGAAGUCUAAUCUCGUAUCACCCCUCGAUAUAGGAAAAGGUCGACCGACAAUGUCCGUUCCAGUGACCCCUGCAGGUCUUCGCAGUUUGUCGCCAACAAUAGAGAAGAGCACUGCUUCGACAACAGCUCCUACCUCGGGCACCGGUCAAUCAUAUAGAUCCACAUCAGGACCCAGCUUGGCUCCACCAUCCGCAUUCAAGACUCCCCUCGUUCCAACACAACCCCGACCUCGACCUUCGCUUCCGAUUGACUCUGUGGGUGGCUUAUCCGAGGCUUUCACUCCUUCGGCACGGCAUCAUCGUUAUCGCACUUCAUUACAUGAAGGCGCACUGAAGUCUGCUAUAAUGACCGAAUUGACCGACUCACCUACACUGCGCCCUUCCCCUCCUGAGAGUACGAAUCCCUCACCGACUUCCAAAACAUCCUCAUACGGUCUGGGUCUUACUAUGCCCCCAACGACAGCUUUCAGCAUUCCUGAAGGAACCACAGGCACUGCUACACCGGGUGCACUUGGAGCAGUCCGAGGUCGAUCGAUCACCGGACAAAACAUAGCAAUGGAUUUGGCUGGAUUCCCUGGUCUAGGAGAUGCUGCAAGUCAUGCUAGCAUGAUUAUGCAGAGUAGGCAGGCCAAAUUGCAAAGAUGGCGGCCUUCGAGUGGAGGGAGUCAAACUCGUGGAGAAGGUUUGUUGCCACCAGCAUUCAAUCGUUCAACAAGUACAGGAGCACCGGCAAUGUUAGCAGCUCCUCGGACGUCGCGCCAAGCUCAGUGGGGUGAUCUUGGACAAUCUCCUUCCGCAGCUUCUUCUCCAGGAGAGGAUCUCCCUCCAUUCCCUGUAGCAAUGCAUGAGCUAUCUCGAGCCAUAUCCAUAGCGACGGAGUCUCCUGGAUCAAGUGUUCAUGACCGUUCCUCUGGGCCUGCCUUGGCUCAUUCGAAUGCUGGACCAUCGAGAUUUGCACCUGCAUCGGCUGGGAUGGAAAUGGGCAGCAUGAUGGAAAGGCAAUCUAGUGCCAGUGGAACGCUUGGAGGUAUUGAAUGGGUUGAUUGGAUGGAUUGUUACAAGCGAUAUAAAGAAGCUAAAAUCCGAGCCGAAGCUGAAGCUGCGAAGCGGAUGAGCAGUGUCGAAGACAGUCCUGUUAUCCCUCUACUCAACGCUUCGAUACCUGAAGAACCGCCGAGACCUUCCCAGGACCUAGAUGUCACCCCUACACCAAAUUACGACACAUCCAGCGCUAUUGCUCUCACUCCGACCACCUCUCGUGACGACUUUGGUCCUCCUCUCUCGCAAUCAGGUUCUUUACGAAGAAGAAGCUUGUCAAUCCGAUCAUCAUUAUCUCUGAUCGACCCUAAACUGUCUCCAUUGCAGAAAAAGGCAAACUUGUUUGAGCGUCAAAGGCAGUCUUCAGGAAGUUCUGGGAAGACGGAUAGUUCAUCUUCUGGUGGAGGAAAGAAAAAGAAGAAUCUGGUGUCAAAAAUGGAAGGUUGGUGGAAUGCUGUCAAGAGCAAUUUCACACCUGAAGAUCAACAUCAUCAACACUCGAACCGACCAAGCACUCUAGGUCAUCAUGUUCAGAACCGGAUCCCCUCUGAACCCAGUUCCCGAAGACCAAGUGAGAUCCCUUCACUUCAUCAUCUUCAACCAGCCCUUUUGGCACCUGAAGCACGAAGAGACUCUUCUUUAUCCCUAAGACCAGUCGUGUCUCAUGCCGAACUUCGUUCUAGGCUAUUACACAAUGACUUACGCGAGACCGCUAGUAUCAUGGGAUCGACAUCGGCUGAUAUUGCACGAUUAUCUCGUCAGUCAUCGAGAGAAACAACUAUAACGCCCUCGCUCCCUCACAUGCCUAUGCGACACCCUUCUACUGUACCUGAAGAAACAUCUAUCCCUCCUAGCCGUGGAAGUGGAUCACUUGAAACUCGGAGACGUCAGCCUAAUCUUCGGCUGGAUCUUGAAUCGAACAUUCUCACUCAACCAAGCUCGCAAAGUAAUUCUAGCGCGUCUUUGAGUGUUAGUCAACCACGAAUGGUUCCUCUCGGUACAAGCGCAUUCGAAAGGCCAAGUCAAGGCACAUCUCGAUCGUCCUCUUUCGCUCAAUCACUUGGUCCAGGACUUACACCCGGUGUUCCCCGAUGGGAUCAAACACCUUCUCCCGUAUAUGCCCUGGGUCAAGAACGCAGAGGAAGUGACGAGAAUAGACCGGUCGCUCCAGGUGCAGAUAUCACAGUGGCUUCGGUGAGACAGCACAUCAAGCAUCGCUUGAACGCCGCAAAGGGGGUCUGUGAUGCAACUCUAAAGAAGACCAUCGAUGCUAUCACCUCAUUUGUGGAGAAGCAAAGAGAGGAAGAAGACCGUACCGAAGAGAUUCCGUUGGAUUAUUUCGAUGCACUAAAUCUGAAUGAUUCGCCCAUCAUCGACACGGAAACGGAGAGUGACGCUGGAGAAAGGACAGAAAACGAAGGCAUAAGGUCUCGAGCCGUGUCAUCGUCCCGCGGACCCAGUAGACGGCCUUCCAUUUCACGACCAGCCAUGAGUCCCAACAAGCGACUUUCAAUGCUUCCAAGUAGUCCAAGUAGAGUCACAUCUCGACGCAGGUCAAGCGCAAUCCCACGUAAUUAUCAACCUGCUCGAGCAAGUCGCAACAUGUCUCUCGCUCUUGACCGAACACAAUCUAACACCAGCUCUCGUUCUACCUCUCGUUCAAGAUCACCGAUGCCCGGUGUUUCUCGAAGCAAUGCUCAAGUUAUACAAGAUGAAGUUGAUGAUGAUCAACUCUUCUUGACUGCUUUACAAGAUCUGAUCGUCCUAGCUACAGAAGUCCUUGAUUCGAGUGUCAAUACUCUCGUGGCGCGUGCUACAAUGUGCACGGAGAUCAUUCAGAAACUACAGAAAUCCGGUUCCAAUUGGGAUAAACAUGAUGAUUGGCCAGGAAGAGAUUGGUAUGUUGAUAUUUUGAUGGCUGUAGCCAAUUUAAGCAGAGUACUAGAUUGGUGGGAAGCCGAGAAAGGAUUUUGGAAAUUUGAUGAAGACGAUGAAAAUGAGCCUUUACUUUUCGUUAUGAAGCCUUCAAGAGAAGAACCUAGAUUUGAUCAAGAAUUCAAAGCUGCUUUGGGAGAAUCAAGAUUUUCACCUUCUCUAGCUCCUACUCAUAUCCCAGAUAGACCAGUCUCUGCAACCAGUCUCGAUAUCGGUUCUCCAGAUCUAUCUGUCCCGUUCACUGCAAAAACCGCUACCGGUCCCACUGCAGGUACACCAAAAGCUCAAGCCGUAGACGAUCUGAAGUUCUUGGCUGAACAUGCGAAGAGUGUGAACAUCGUUAUGGAAUUGAGCUUACAAGGGGAACGAAUUGAAUACGUCAAUGAUGCAGUCAUGGAGGUAGUGGGACAAGAUCCAGAGGAUGUGCUUGGAAAGCCCAUUACCGAUCUUUUAGCUCCUGGUGAUGCUUCAGUCUUCGCCGAAGCCACUCAGACCUUAGUGGCCGACGAUAACAACACUGUUCAAUUGCGAUUCCGAUUCGAAGUUCACGUGCUUGAAGAUCCCGAAAAGGAUGUCAGACAACCUGGUCCUGUGUACAUCGAACUUGAAGGUGUGGGAAUGCUCAUGAGGGAGAAUAACGAACCAUCACAUACCAUGUGGGUCUUGAAGCCUGUGCCCGCAACGCAAGUGGAAGCUAUCACCGACGCUGCCUUCCCACGAGGCGGUAUCAUUUCUACAGAAGGUAUUCUAUGUCGAAUCUGUGAAAGAGAAAUUGUUACAUGGUUCUUUGAAAAACACAACGAAACUUGUGACGCCGUUCACCGAUUGGAAGCUGAGAUAAUGGAAUGUGAUGAUUGUUUACAUGACCUACAACAAACAGUCGUCAAACUCAACACGGAUAUUGACACUGCGCAACCGAAUCAACCGGCUCAGUAUCAAGGUGUCUUAUUCUACACUCUACCUGACUCAGUCAUUACCAAUGAUGAAGGAGCAAUGCCCCAAAUGCCACAAGGUGUCGAAGUUCGUAAAAUUGCUCACGAGCAUCUGCAAGAUGUGAUCACCAUUCUCAAUGUGGCUCGACAUAUCGAAACUCCUUCCGUACAAGAAGAUGAAGCUGAUUUACCUUUCACUGUUCAACGCUAUCUGUCACCUGCUUCGGAAGAAAAGCUUGGUCGUAUCACAAGAUGGCGAAGACCACAUACCAGUGAUCGAGCAUUGAAUCUUCUUUUCACUCAUGUGGAAGAUCAACUCCGACGAAAACAAAAGGCAAUAGCUAGAAUGCAAAGUACGAUUAGGUAUUCAGAGAAAACAAGGCACGAGUGGGAAGAUAAAGUAAAUCAAAUACUGGACGAAAGAGGUGAUAGUAGUCAAUCUGAUAGUGGAUCCGAAGGAAUCGAAGGUUGUAUUGACUUAAGUGAUCAUUCACCCACUGAAAAUCAAAUAUCACCCACUGCAAUUGGGAUCCCUAAUCCUAUUGAAAAUCUAGAUACUUCACCUCCUGGACCAAGAAAGAUAGCUCCUCAAGCUAGGUUACCUAUUACUCAAGGUCAUCCUCAGAGACAACCUAGUGGAUAUGGAGAUUUAUCUGCUAGUUCAGUCACGAUCACUGCUCCUACUCCUGCUGUCCACACUCAAGUCCAGACUCCUGCUCAUAUACAUACUCCCGCUCCGAGAUUACCUGUAUCUGCUCCGGUUGUCACCCCUCCCGCACCGAUCUUAUCUGCAUCUCCGAUCUACGUCCCUUCCCAAGCACCACCACAGUCACAAUCUCAUCAAUCUUCAAGCAGACCAGGAUCCAAAAGUAAUUCGCCUCUUCUUGUUCCUCACGACAAACACAAUCAUCAUCGGCGUAUUUCAACUUCCUCAAGAGCUCUACGAGGUAGUGAUGCUCCUCUAUCACCUCGAAUCCCCUCAGCUGCCUUGCAAUCUCGUGGUGCUCAACCUUCCAUAAAGGAUUUCGAAAUCAUUAAACCUAUCAGUAGAGGUGCAUUUGGCUCAGUCUAUUUAGCGAAAAAAGUAGCUACAGGAGAUUACUUCGCUAUCAAAGCUCUAAAGAAAUCUGAUAUGAUAGCCAAGAAUCAGAUCACGAACGUUAAAGCCGAAAGAACGAUCCUCAUGAAUCAAGCUAGUUCUCCAUAUGUGGUCAGACUGUUCUUCUCAUUCCAGUCCAAAGAAUACCUGUAUCUGGUCAUGGAAUACUUGAAUGGAGGUGAUUGUGCUACUCUCGUAAAAACGUUAGGUGGAUUAAGUGAAGAUUGGGCUAGGAAUUAUACUGCAGAAGUUGUCUUGGGUUUAGAAUAUCUCCAUGCUAGGAAUAUCGUUCAUCGUGAUAUCAAACCUGACAAUCUGCUCAUCGACUCACGAGGUCAUCUUAAGCUCACUGAUUUUGGUCUUUCACGGAUCGGUCUCCUGAAUCGUCAAGUUGGUGGACCCAGACCUGCCUACCUUCGAGGAACAUCCUUACGUGGUUCAACAAGACAACGGCCUUCCUACUCCCGUACUGUGUCCAACUCCUCCUCUAACGAUUCACCAAUGCUGUCGCCUGAUUUAAUCAACGUUCAACCUCUUUCUCGAAUGAGUCAAUCGUAUUUCUCUCAGCAGCUUCAAGAAACAGCUUCUGCAGAUGAGUCGAGUGGCUCAGAAUCUGCUGGUGUUAUUCCCAAAUACAUUCGGCAGAUGUCAUUAGGUCCCAAAAUCAAUGAUAUCCCUGCCAAUGGGGGUAAAGAUCCUGCCAAAUUUGUUGGAACCCCAGAUUACUUAGCACCUGAAAGUAUCUUGGGCAUAGGUCAAGAUGAUGCCGCUGUCGAUUGGUGGGCACUGGGUGUAGUACUCUACGAAUUCUUAUAUGGCAUUCCACCAUUCCAUGCUGAGACUCCGGAAAAAGUAUUUGACAAUGUGGUGUCUCGAAGAAUAGAUUGGCACGAAGAUGAGAUGGACAUCUUACCAGAAACCAAAGAUCUGAUGAACCGGUUGAUGUGUACAGACCCUCAGAAGCGACUUGGAGCUAGAGGCGCGGAAGAAGUCAAGCGACAUCCAUUCUUUGAUGGUAUCGAUUGGACCACUAUCGCGACUGCUGAAGCAAGUUUUGUUCCCGAAGUGACUGAUCCGGAAUCAACCGAUUAUUUCGAUGCUAGAGGUGCAGCACAUGGAUUCCACGAUGACAGUAGUGUACCACAGGUGUUGAAACAAGCAUCAAAUCUCAAGCCUGGACCACCAUUAUUAUCGCCUAAAGCAGCAGAAGAUAUGAGUGCUAUAGUAGAUGAUAUGGCUGAACAAGAUGAUUUCGGUACUUUCACUUACAAGAAUUUACCAAGUUUGAAACAAGCCAAUGAUGAUGUUAUAAGGAAAAUGAGGUCAGAUUCAAUGGCACCUAUAGGUCAAACCUUGGAAGGUCCAGCGAAUUUGACUGGUAGCUCAACUCGAAGACCUAGAAGUUUAUCGAUCAAGUUACAGGAUAGAUCAAAACGGAAACUUUCAGAUGUAAAUACCAAUACCAAUACAUCAUUUGGAAGUGGAAGUGGAAGUGGAAGUGUAGGAGGACAAGGACCACCUUCACCUACCACGUCUACUUCAUCAGCAGCUUCAACACCUUCGAGAGCAAGCAACGUUCCACCGCAGACUCCAGGAAUGAUGCCUCUCCCACAACAUUUCAGGAGACCAUCAGAAUUAAACGCUAUAGACAGAGUUAAACUGACUGAAGAAAACGAACUUGCAAGAAGAAACUCGGCUCCGAUGAGAGUCAGAGCAGGUUCAGGUUCAAGUGCAGGAAGUACUUCAGCUGAAUUAUGGAGACAACGUAGACAAGUUUCGUUAAAUUCAACAGAGCCAAAUCCCAAUAUACCGCUAGAAAGUCCAGAAGGUCCACAUUCACUCGGAACGGGUAUGAUGGAUAGAGGUCUAGAUGUUCUGAUCGCUGAAGAUAAUCCUAUCUCACAAAAAAUCCUCGAAACAUUACUCACAAGAAUGGGCUGUCGAUGUAUCUGCGUAGACGAUGGUCCAGCCGCUUUGGCUGCUACUAUGGGCAGUAUCCGCUUCGACGUGAUCAUCUGUGACAUUCAUAUGCCGGUAGUCAACGGAGAACAAGUAGCUCGAAUGAUCAGAUCUACCAAUAAUCAUAAUCAAAAUACUCCUAUCAUUGCUGCAACUUCAUACGAACAGCAUCAGGUCGUCACCGAAGAAGGAACUCUCUUCUCCGCUGUACUCAAUAAACCAGUCUCCAAAGCCGAUUUGAUCAAAUGUCUUGGUAAAUUAGGAUUCAUUCUGAGUGCAGGAUCAGGAUCAGGAUCUGAGCCUUCCCCUCACACAAAUUACCUUUCUGCAUAA